GUCCGGUACUAGCUGCACGACUCUCAGUUGACCUUCCUUGCAAGCAGUCAUGGCGCUCCCAACAAACGGACGAGUGGUAAUUGACACGACUGCAGGCGAAAUAGAUAUCGAACUUUGGUCAAAGGAAACACCAAAAACAUGCCGGAACUUCAUCGCGCUCGCACUCGAAGGUUAUUAUGAUGGCGUCAUCUUUCAUAGAAUCGUACCGGGUUUCCUAGUCCAAACCGGUGAUAAAACAGGGACGGGCGGAGGCGGGGAGUCAUUCUAUGGAGAACCAUUCGAGGACGAAAUUCACCCGCGAUUGCGGUAUGCUCACCGUGGGCUUGUCGCUAUGGCCAACAAUGGAACUAAGAAUUCUAACGACUCGCAGUUCUUCAUUACCCUCGACAGAGCGGAUGAACUACACGGCAAACAUACGUUGUUUGGGAGGGUAAUGGGAGACACCGUGUACAACGUCAUGAAAAUCGGAGAGAUGGAAAUUGGUGAAAAUGACCGACCCGUGUAUCCUCCCAAAAUCAAGUCGAUAACAAUAGUCGACAAUCCAUUCCCAGACAUCAUACCCCGAAUCACUGCUGCCGAAAAGCGUGCCCAGCAGCGAGCACGAGAAGCUGGUCAACGAGAACGAGAAGAGGCAGAACGUCGGAGAGGUGCUAAAAAGGAUGUAAAACUUCUGAGCUUCGGCGGAGAUCAGGAUGACGAAACGGAACCCGUGGCCUUCAAGAAGAAAAAUAUUGCACGGCCAGACUUGAUCGAAAAUCCCGACGCCACGGGGAUUCCGAUGCCAGAAUCUCUGCUCGGACCUCCGAAGAAAUCUAAAGAACCACCUCGGGAACGUGCACCUGAGAAGGAAUCAUCACUAAAGCACGAAAAGCCUUCAAAGAGCAGCAAAUCCGAGGAUGCAGACAAAGACAUCAAGAAAAUCCGCGAAACCCACGCGAAAGAGAAGGCUUCUGGAAGUGAUGCCCGACGUGCUGAAAUCGAGCAGAUGGAGGGUGAGAUCCGUAGACUGACGCGCAAACGAGAAGGUGGUGAGGACAGUGACGAGGAAGCUGCGCGAAAGAAAACUAAGCAGACGAAAUCCUAUCUCGAGGAAGGACUUGCCAAGUACUCCAAAGGGCGUGGAUUGCAGAAGAAAGGGAAGGGCAAGAAAGACGAGGGUGAUGUAUUAGCUGCCUUGAACAGCUUCAGGGGAUUGUUACAGUCAAACGCGAAUGUGGAGAUGGAGGAUGCUCAAGAGGAGGGCGAUCGUGCGGACGACAGUGGCGGUGGAGCCGUUCCUGGUGGUGAGGAUCCGGGUAUAGAAGUGGACGACGACCGCGGAUUUAUUGGCCAUGCUCUGCACUUCCCGAAGGACGAUGGGGAGGAAACGAAGAAGGCUGAGAGAGAUUACGAGGUUAUCGAUCCUCGUCAACGCGGUGCGAGAGCACGGGAAGAGGAGCGGGAGAGAAAACGAACUGCGAUGAAGGAAAAGAACGGACGCGGUCGUCGGUGAUAUCCUGUUCUUUGCAGCUUCCUUUGUGCUUGCCCGAGAGUUAGUAAUGAUAUGAAACGAGCUGCUAGUGAUUUAUGUCUCAAGGCUUAGCGCUGAGAUUCUGUGUAGUUUUCGCUUGGUCGACCUAAGUAUUAAACCAAGGACAGGUCACAGUUAUAUCCUUGACUUCGUCUACUCGUGUCAAUAUCAACAAUGUUUUCACAGUCGG